GGUGAAGAAAUGUGGUCGUGCAAGCUUUAAGAUAUCUGCCAGUCACCUGCAAACACCAGAUCAAUAUAAAUGUGCCCCCCUCCCCCAUUGGAAGUUACAUCACGCAGACGCAUUUCCGGAGAACAAUUUAUAUACAGUCAUCGGAAUACUGUACUGUCAUUGGUUAAAUAUUGAUGAGAUUUGGCGACGGAGGGAUCGCCAUUAAUUUUGCCCCACUGGUCAUUAUUUGGUACUAAAUCUCACUGAUAUGUCACCCUCUGUGGAAUUGUACGUCCCGUAUUUUCGUAGUGCCGUUCAGAAGACACCAGCGUUAUGUUCUGUUUCUCAGCUAAAUGAUAGAAACAACGAAUUUAUGGUGGACAACAACCGCAAGAUAUAGGUACGUUCUCUUACACCCAAAUGAUGUAGCCAAUUCUGUACAUCAUUUCGAAGAAAAAGAUCAUCAUCCUUGAUCCAAAAUCACCACAUUCAGGAAAAAGAAACAGAACAAUGAACAUACGACAGCACAUUGGUGUCAUCUUUUCCGCCGUGGGUCUAAUACUGCUGGUGAUGGGAACUAUAACACCGGCGUGGACGUCGCAUCAGGUGGGCAUCUGGCCGUCCUGUCACGAGAACACCACCAUGGAGUCUACCGGCACCGCUGGACUGUGGGAGGAGUGUUCUAACAUGUCGGGCAGUCCUCAUUGGAUAUCUGUGGACUUGUGUACAGUGUCUGAGUUCCGCUACACGCCCAAUGUCGACUGCCCCGUCCCAAACAUAAAGGGUGGAAUCAUCUAUGCAGUCACCCUGGAGGAGUGCGCCGAAAUCUGCUGUAACAAUCUAAAUUGUCUGUCCUUCCAAUACAACUGUCGCCAGACGUGCUUCUUAAAGAAAGAGAGGUGCUCAAGGGGGAAGAUGAAGGAGUCACCGUGUGGCAACAUGUACGAGCGCCCACAUUCUCACUCGACGGCGUACCACAUAGCCCGUUUCUGUAUCAUGCUGUCCACCAUGCUGCUGCUGCCGGGCGCCUUCCUGGCGGUGUCGGCUGCAUGUAAGGGUGACCUGGACUCAGCCGUGGACGGUUAUACCAUCUUUACAACAUUGAUUAUCUUCGGAGGGAUAGCUGGAGGCAUCGGAGCGGCCUUCUAUACGAUUGACCACGAAUUGUAUGGCAUGGACGUUCCGUUUAGUGUCUCCUUCUAUCUCACGUGGGCACAGACCUUCUUCAGCGUGCCCGGCGGGUUCCUGAUCUGGCACAGCACCGAGGAUGACGACGAGAUGGAAGCACCGAUAACUAACAAGGAGGAACUGGAGUCACCUUAACCCUCCAUCGCCUAAGUCUGGCAAAGUAUCAAGGACUGGAAAUGGAAAAUCACCUUAACCCUUGAACAACCCCAAAUGUGGCAACGAAUCAAGAAAAGGUACGGAGUCACCAUGAAUAUAACCCUUCAGCACCUAAAUCUGGGAAAAUACCGGACAAUUUACGCCAAAAAUCAGUUACUCAAGCAACUGGAUAUGAUUUCGAAAGCUUCACAUGCUUCAAAAACUUCCGUUAUCUUUCGUCGGUGACUCUGAAAGGAUCUGUUGAAGAGCAGGUUUUAUACCCUGCCUAUGAAUUGAAAUGCAAAGGAGUUUGAGGACAAAUUUUAGACAGUGCAAUAGGAAACAAAGGUAAGACAAUGUCAAGAUGACGUUUAUGCAAAUGAGUUUGUAUAUCAAUUUUUGGUAGGGUAUGAAGCAUGUUUUUACCUGUGUCACUGACGAAAGGUAGUAGAUGCUACUUGAAACGUCUGACCAUUUCCAAAAUCAUCUCUAGUUGCUUGAGUAGCUGCUUUUUGGUGGAUCUUAUUACCUGGAUGUCUAACCUUCAUCGACGUACCCGUGAACUUGUGGAGCCAUAUUAACCCUACACCACCUACAUCACUGUUGAAAGACAGCCAUCGACGUCCACCGGGAAAUAUGAAGGACAUAUCAAGAAAUCGCUACAUGAACAUUGAACAGCUACUGUACAAGUACAUUUGUAAGUAGCAAAGAGCGUUUUUUCACGUGAUGUCAGAGGGACACUGACAAGGAGGCGGGCAUAGCUAUUUGCUCUGAAGUCCAUCGUGGCUCAAAAGCCUUUGAACAUUUAGAUAUCUUGUUAUCCUUUUGAAUAAUCACUAUGAAGUGUAAAUCUCACAGAAAAAAAUACCGCAGGAGCACAUCGCAGAAAUAAGCUCUUUUGCAGACACUUCACUGCGCACGUGCAGCGACAGGAAUUCUGGGUAAUAUGUCAAAGGUGAAGGCCCUUCAGACAUAAACAGUCUCGACCAUUGUUUCGAUUGUGCAACAAUCUCCAGAAUUUCAUGGCACCUGUAAACUAGCCGAAUGUUUACAAGUUUACCCAAAAUUCCUGUCGCCCGCACAUGCGUAUUGAAAUGUGCGAAGGAGAUUAUUAAAACAAGCCCUGUGAGUCCAUUGAAAUUCCAUACUCACUGCAGCUACAACUGAGUAUGGAAUGCAUGCUCUAUAUCUUGUUCUGGAGUGCCAAUGGCAUAUACAAGGGAAACGUGUCAACAUCAUCUAUGAUCUUACUGGUCAGGCUCCAGAAUAAUUCAGAAAUCUCUCAGCAAAAUGUAUGAAAACUAGAGAGGCAACAUUUCCCCCGAAAAUGCAAAAUGUUUUCCAAUCUACAACCUGCUUGAUUUCUGUCAACCCUAAAUCUGCUUGAUUUUUUGACGAUGUCUGUAUUAUUUUGUGCAAGUAAAAAGAGCCACCCUAAAUCUUCUUAAUUUCUUUAGAUUACCACUAGGCUUGCCCUAUAGGAUAUCAAAAACCUGUAAUUGUUCAUAUUUGUUUUAACAGCUAAUAUGCAAAUGCAGUUCCUGAUAGGUUCACGGCAGCUCUACGCUCUGAUUGGCUCCUGACAGAAAAAAAAAACAGAAGAAAGAAGCUUGAAGAAUAACACAGCAGCAAAAACAAAAUGUAUUCCUUAUCGGGGAAGACAUAGUAACUCGAUAAUAUCAUGCCUCGUUGGAAAUAUGUGCAGUUUCUGGCCUAUUUCAUUUUCUUUCACACCGCGAACUACCUGUUAAUGUCCCCAUGGCGUGACUAGCAAUCAAACGCAGUGCGAACAGACAAGGCCGGAACACCAGUUCUAGUGACUACAAAACCCCCGUUCCAUAGGGGCAAAUUAUGGCGACAUUUACGGCUUGUCUACUAUUAAAUAGUCAGUACAAUAGUGUAUCCGUCAAAAAUGUGUGCUAAGACGUGUGUCCUAAUAGUACAAAACUCAUAGGUAGAAACAUAGUCGCAAAAGCGUUUUCCAAAAUUGCUCUCUGUAGAUACGAGUGAUGGAUAUCGCAGUGGAUGUUAUCAUCGCCAUUUAUUAACAUAAAAACUGUAUGCAUUUUCCCUUCAUUAUAAAGGACGUAGAAGUAAAGAUUACUUGCAAAAUGGAUAAAAAUGCUGGGCUGUGCAAUCUCACUGGGCUGCGCCUUUUGGCGACAAAUUAUUGCGAAUUGGAAUUGAAAUUUUCCCUUGCGAUCCCAACUGACGUGCGACACACGUGUAAAAUAUGUGACCUCUAAAAACAAAAUGGCGGCGCGCGGAAUGUCACAUCCUCAGUUUCAUCCCAAAUAUUAAAGACACAAGAUACUGUCAUUGAAAAUAGCAGUGUUACCAUUGAUAUGAAAAAAAGUAGAACUGUUACGAUAGAUAUUUAUCAAAAAGAUAGUUUGCAAAUUGCGACUUUUUAUUAAAUAAAAAAAAAUACCAUUUCAUGCGGAAAAUUGACACAACUACUAGACAAUACAAAGUUGCGACGUGUUGGUGUCUAUUUGCG